UUGGGGCUGGGCAAGUCACGUGGUCGAUCCCUCUUCACCUGCAGCAGCACCAGUGUUGGAAGACAGGUGAAGGCCUCGAUACCAGGAGCUUUGUAAGAAAGAUUUUCAAAGCCUGUAUGGCAAUGUAACUACUGUUUCGAGAUCUUAUCAGCUGCUUGGACAGAACAAUCCCCAUGUCAGCUGGGAAUGGGUUAGCAUCCCGCUUUGAUCGGGUUCGAGAUAUGCCUCUGUAUGAUCAGGUGCCGGUUGGCUCACUGCCAUGGGGUCAGGAGCCUCCAUACCCUCUUGGUGGUGAAGUGCCAGCAACCAGCUAUGACUCUUUCCCACCUCCUCCACUCCCCGAAGAUCCUCCUAUUGGCCCAGAUUACUACUCCAGUGAUGUUGAAAACCAGGUGGAUGAUGCCAUGGACAUCAAACCCACCCGACGCUUCAUUCCUGACUCUGUGAAGAACUUCUUCAGGGGUAGUAGCAACAAAGGCAGCAAAAAAUGGACCUUUCCUCCACCUCCACCUGAAAAUGUGAACACCACCACUGAAGGUGUUCCAUGCUCCCCUCCAAACUCACACCCACCGUCACCAACAGCUCCCAGCUCCUACCAAGAUCCUUAUGGAGGAUCUGGAGGCAGCUACACUUCAAGGAAGGAGCAGGCGAUGUUAUUAGGGGAGCCUUUGGAAUCAGUUUCUGGACGCUCUGUACAGACGGCCAUGACGUACAGUGAGAAGGUGGAGGAGUACAAUCAACGCUAUGCAUACAUGAAAUCCUGGGCUGGACUUCUGCGGAUCCUGGGCUGUGUGGAAUUGCUUUUGGGGGGUGCUGUUUUUGCUUGCGUCUGUGCAUACGUGCACAAGGAUAAUGAGUGGUUUAAUAUGUUCGGUUACUCAAUGCAUCAAAUGUCUGGGGGAGUUUAUGGGGGAUCAUCAAUGGGUGGGAUGUAUGGAGGAUCUGGGAUUUCUUACUCCGGACCCCUGACUCCUUUUGUCCUUGUGGUGGCGGGAGUGACUUGGAUAGUGACCAUCAUUCUUGUAGUGUUAGGAAUUACCAUGUAUUAUCGUACUAUUCUACUUGACUCCAGCUGGUGGCCAAUCACAGAGUGUGUGAUAAACUUGGCAUUAGGAGUGCUCUACUUUGCGGGAGCAAUUGUAUAUGUUCGAGACACACUUCGUGGAGGUCUCUGCUAUUAUCCGCACUUCAACGCUGGACCCAAUGCAGGCUUUUGUCGAACAGAGGCUGGACAGAAUGCUGCCAUCAUCUUCCUCUUUGUCAACAUGCUGUUGUAUCUUGUGGGAGCUGGCGUGUGUCUGAAGCUGUGGAGACAUGAAGCUGCAAGGAUGCGCAGGGAGAAACUUGGUCUAGAUAUGAAAACAGUGUCAGUUCCACUCAACAUGUCACAGAUUGAUGUAGGCUCCAGUGUCUCUGUGCCAAUCCAAACUGCACCAGUAAUGGCCCUUCCAGACUCUACGAGUGGCACAACGCCUGUUCCUCCAGUUAUGAUGGAACCAGAGAUUUUAAGGGGUCAUAUCCCUGCUGGACAUAUCCCCAAACCUGUGGUCAUUGCAGACUAUGUGGCCAAAUAUCCCACAAUCCGUACUGAUGAGGAAAAGGAGCGGUACAAGGCAGUGUUUAAUGACCAGUAUGCAGAGUAUAAAGAGUUGCAUGCUGAGGUUCAGAUCUUAACACAGAAAUUUGAGGAAAUGGAAAAUCUGAUAAGGGGUCUGCCCCAACGGCCUUCCAGUCAAAUGGAGCAAGACAGAAUAAAUAGCAUUGUUCAAGGGUAUCAGAGAAAAAAGACUGACCCGACGUUCCUGGAGAAAAGGGAGAGAUGUGAAUAUCUGAAGAACAAACUUGCUCACAUCAAGCAGAAAAUUCAGGAGUAUGAUAAAGUCAUGGACUGGAAUGAUGGUUACAGCUAAACAGAACUCCAUAUUUUUUUCAUCAUGAACUUAAGAGUGAUUCUCUGAAAAGAAAGAAUUGUUAAUUAUUUUUUCUUCAGCAUUUAAUAGACUGUUUGGGUUGAACAUGUUUAGGCAAUCUUGCUUUUUGUGUUUCUGCUCAAAAUUGCAACACAUCUUACAGUGUUGAUAUCGAAAUAAUUUCACAUUGAAUCAAGUUGAUUUCACUGAGCUGAAAAUCGCAAUAAAAGGCAUCUUCCACUUAAACGGGUACAACAGCUACAAAUAUCAGUCAUAUGUUACUGUAGCGCAACAUUUAAGUUAAGUAGUUUUUAAUCGUAUACAUUUUUUAUGUGCUCAUCAUACUUUUUAUUUUAGAAGUAGAUCAUUUGAAGGAAAUCAAAUGAAGCUUUGAGCUUCAUCCCUAAUGGUGAAAAACCAGUAGCUAAGUAGAGAAUACAAUGUAAAUAGCCCUCAGUGUUGUAUUUGUUAAAAUUAAGAAGAGAGAUAUCUCUGUAAAGGUCCUGGAUUGUUUGAUAUAUUUAGUAUCUUAGUUUAUUUUUGUAUAUUUUCAUUUGUGUGUUUUAUGUACAUUUUGUAUUAUGCAUCGUCCUGCCUCCAAAUUUAAUUGAUUACUUUUUCAUUGAUUGGAAGUAAAGAAAAAUAAAUAGUCCUAC